AUGGAUUAUCCCUCUCUGGAUGUAGAGGAUGCGCACGGUUUAGGAGCAUGGUUAGAGAACGAAUUCAUAUUAAACAUCUAUAACCAGGCGUGUUACAACGGACUUGAAGAGAAAAACGAUGUGUACAUCGGGAACAAGAUGUCCAUAUCAGUUAUCGCAAAGGACUGUUUGAACUUGACGAUGGACAAUGGAGCUCCUAAAUUGGUGGGUUCCUGCAGUUCACCCUCGAGAAUUAUAGCAGAAUGUUAUCACGACUAUUCUCCAGAAAAUGAGGACACGACUUUGCUAAGCCUUCCAGGUUGGAUACCUCUCUCCCUCAAUACUUCGUGGCCUGAUGCUCUCCAAAUUUGCCCUAAGCGUUGGCGAUAUCAAUCAGCAGCAGAACUUCGCAACGAUCCCAUUCUAGCGUCGUACAACUCUUAUGAAGGGGGUGCUUAUGCAGCAGCCAUGGGAUACGAUGAAAGCACUGCACAAGGCGUCCUUGACGAGACUAUUACUAAUGGAUGGCUUGAUCGCCAAACUCGAGCUGUAAUUCUAGAGGUUGCUGUUUUCAAUGUCAAUAAAAACUUGAUUAGCGUUGCCACAUACUUUUACGAGGCCAUAGCUACUGGUGCAGCCUACACUGCAAGGAGAAUUGAAACACUCGAGUUGUACAGCACUGAGUCAGGAGCUCUGAUGUUUUUCUUAAUUUGCCAGUUUCUGUUCAUGGCAAUGGUCCUCUUGUACUUCAUAGUUAUGUUAGUUCACCUUUAUCAACAACGCGUAGGUUUCUUCAAGUCUCUUUGGAACAUGGUGGAUUUCUUCAUGAUAAUUUUCUCUGUAGCCUCUGUAGCAUUUUACAUGAUCAGAGCUAAAAGCGUUUUGAACACUAUCAAAUCUAUUCAAGCCAAUCCAUAUGAAAUCGUGCAUCUCCACACAGCCUUGGAUUGGCUUAACCUAGAAAAUGCGUUUAUUGCUGUUGCUGUUUUCAUGGUGACAGUCAAGCUUCUGAAUCUAAUUCAUUUUAACCCACACGUGAUAUACUUGUCUUCGUCUUUUCGGCAAUCUAUAGGCUAUCAACUCUCGUAUGUGCUCUUUUUUUAUAAUCCUGUUUAA